AUGGAGUAUCAAGCUUUCUUCCAGGCCAACUCCAUUGAAUCCUUGACAAAGUCUUGUCACCUCGAUCGUCCAAGCAUCCGAUGCAGCGACAUCACGGCAACAGCGGUCGUAGAAAUUUCGUGGUUCCGAAAUCUUCCUUCGAGCAAGAACGUGCCAACCGAUCUGCCUACCAGCCCCGAUCUACCCGCUCCUACUCAUAUCUUGCACACAGAGGAACAUGACUACGUCGUUGACCAACAAGAAGAGCAGGAGGAACAAGAACAGCUGGAAGCUAGCAGUUCCAGCAUUCCUCUCCUCGAUGUACUCGAUUUUAGCUUCAACAACAAUGAAAACGCCGUCUCUCUCCUGACUUGCGAUUAUUACAUCUUUCAAGAAGACGACGAUGAUGACGAACAUCCCAGCACAAGUGAAGACGCCUACACAUCGUCCAUUCUUACCAGUUGGGCCAACCGAUCCUCGUAUGUCAGUGCUGGAAGCAGCAUGCCCACAGGAGCCAACAGCAUUGAUGUAUUUGAAGAUGACGAAUCGACCGUCGGAGAAAGCGGCAAUACGUUGUCCUUGUCUUCAAAAGCCCACGCGAGUAGUCGUCGAACCUCCCUGGAAACCAUGUCCUCUCACGAACGUCGUCUCUGGCAAGAAUACCAGAUUGAUGACAUGCUUUCCGUUGCGGACGACGACGACGACGAGGAUUCCAUCGCGAACAACAUUGCCAGUCUCGGUCGUGCCCCCAUGCAACGCAUGGCUUCUCGCGGCAUGGAUUCCUUGGCGGUCGGAGUGGGACGCGACAUGGCGUCCUAUUUUGGAAGCGACGACGACGGUGUUCUUGACGACCCUAAAGACGAGGAUGACAUGCCUCCCUUGUACGCCAUUGUCUUGCCUCCAUUGGAACCCCACGAGGACAGCCACGCGACUCUCUUUACAUGCGAUGCCUCCUUUCAAGAUCUGCAACCAGAAUUGCCCUUGCUUCGUCGUGGCGCCACUACCGAUGAUUCGGACGGUGCCGAUCAGCCUUCCUUGCCACUGCCGGAUCUCUCUACGUUCAUGCUGGUGGUGGACAAUGCUGCCGGAGCGUCGGAGAAUGCACGAGCAUCCGCCCCACAGUCGACUGGAAAACUCCCCAAUCGCACCAGCUCCACCGAUACGACGGCUACCGCUGUGCGCAAGAAUAAACGAUCCUCGGGGCGGGAUGAUUCCGUGAGUCGUCGUCGGUCGUCGACUGCCAAGAGUGGUCGCCUUUCCAAGUCUCUUUCGGAUAUCCGUUCCGUGGCAUCGAAUCCCGAACAGCGUCGCGGGCUCGGUAAACGAGGACCCAGAAACACAAAGAAUCUCUCCUCUUCGUCGUCGUCGAACUGGGAAUCCUACGCGUUAUAUCGACGACAGCACCGGAGCCAUGUCCAUUGA